AUCUCAUGACAGCUGUCAAUUGAAAUGAAAACCUAACCUAAAUGAAGUAAAUAGAAAUGGCUAUGUUUCGGACGUUAAAUAGGAAUAUACCAUACUUAAAACAACAAUCAGUGGCACUUCUUGGGAAUACGAGCACAUCUGUCAAACUUAUAUGUGGUGUAGUUCUCUUAGGCUACGGUUUAUCAUACUCAGAGGAAGCUGUCCGAGUGCUCUCGGUCACUCCAGGCUAUCUCUCACCUUCAUCCUUCUGGUUAUGGACGAUAUUCACGUUUUGUUUUCUCGAGUUACACUUCUGGGAAGUGCUGGUUGACAUAGUGACAGUGGGAUUAUGUGGGAAGCUAAUCGAGCCGUUAUGGGGUCAGAGGGAGAUGAUUACAUUUUUUGCGAUUGUUAAUUUCGGUGUGGCAAUACUGAGUACUACCUUUUACUUUAUCUUGUAUAUGUGUACGUUUAAUACAGACCUACUGUUUCGGGUUCACAUUUACGGACUUGCCGGUUACGUGGCGGGCGUUUCGGUUACUGUAAAACAGAUUAUGCCGGAUUUAAUCCUGUUGAAGACGCCCUUGGGCAAGCUAAGUAACAGAAAUAUUCCUCUUGCCGUGUUUUUUGUUUCACUGAUACUUUGGAUUGUGGGAUUGCUAGAAGGGACGUAUCCAACCAUGUUUCUAAGCGGAGUCUUGGUUAGUUGGGUGUACUUGCGCUUUUACCAAAGGCACCCGAAUGGAAGCCGCGGAGAUAUGGCCGAUUACUUUACCUUUGCAAGUUUUUUUCCUAAUGUGAUACAACCUCCGGUGGCCGUCAUCAGCAAUACAGUUCACGGUAUGUUGGUUAAAAUUGGCCUGUGUCGGAAAGUGGUGAGGCGGUUCGAUAUGGCAAAUCCGACAGGUGUGACCAUUUCAGUCCCAGCUUCAGAACAGCACGAUAUGGAAAGACGAAGACAAAUUGCGUUGAAAGCGCUGAGCGAGCGUUUGUCGAAAUCCCAAGAUAAGCAGCUACUAAUUCCAAAACCAAUAAAACCAAAUCCGAGCCCCCUUCACAUCGCAAUUCCUGUUAGUAAUACAAAUGUGCAAACAUCAACCACACCUGUUAACAUUACAAAUCCUGUUACCGUUCCCACGACUGUUGUUACUAGUUCACCUUCCACGUGACAUUCUUUAUAGUCAGUUUUAAUUUAUGUGUAAAGAAGAUGACUGUACAGGGUCCUACUGUCAAUUACUUUGUCGUCUUUCCAGGAUUUGUAAGGCCCUGUAUAUAUUGUUACUUUUUGUAAUAUAAGAUUAUUAAAUAAAUAAUUUUAGUCUCUAAAA